CAGCAGCAUCCUCAAAGGCAGUAGGAGCCACAGAGGAACCUGCUGAGGGUUUCUCUCACUUUUCUGCCUCUUGAUUUCCACAGGACGUUAACUGCUGCCUCUGAUGCCCAGCAGGGCAGCAUGGUUUUGGAAAUGCUGAACCCCAUGCAUUCUAAUAUCACCGGCAUGGUGCCUGAAGUUGUGCCUGUUGCUGCCAUGCCAAUCCUGCUGCUUGUGGGCUUUCUCCUCUUGAUUUGGAACUGUGAGAGCACAGCCUCAAUUCCAGGUCCUGGCUACUGUCUGGGAAUUGGGCCUCUCAUUUCCCACAGCAGAUUUCUGUGGAUGGGGAUUGGCAGUGCCUGCAACUACUACAACAAGACCUAUGGAGAGUUCAUGAGAGUCUGGAUAAAUGGAGAAGAAACACUUAUUAUCAGCAAGUCCUCAAGUAUGUUCCACGUAAUGAAGCACAGUCACUAUAACUCUCGAUUUGGCAGCAAGCCAGGGCUACAAUGCAUCGGGAUGCACGAGAACGGCAUCAUAUUUAACAAUAACCCAGACAUCUGGAAAGCAGUUCGACCAUUUUUUAUGAAAGCUCUAACAGGCCCUGGCCUUGUUCGCAUGGUGGCUGUCUGUGCUCAGUCCAUCGUAAGGCAUCUGGACAGGUUGGAGGAGGUCACCAAUCCAUCAGGAAAUGUGGACGUGCUGACCCUUAUGCGACGAAUCAUGCUGGACACCUCUAACGUGCUCUUCCUAGGCAUCCCCUUGGACGAAACUGCCAUUGUGAGGAAAAUCCAGGGUUAUUUUGAUGCAUGGCAAGCUCUGAUUAUUAAACCGAACAUCUUCUUUAAGAUUUCUUGGCUCUACAAAAAGUAUGAAAAGCCUGUGAAGGAUUUGAAAGAUGCCAUAGAUAAUCUGGUAGAAGAAAAAAGACACAAAGUUUGCACAGCAGAGAAAUUGGAAGAAAGUAUGGAUUUUGCCACUGAGUUGAUUUUUGCUGAGAAACGUGGAGAACUCACAAGAGAGAACGUCAACCAGUGCAUAUUGGAGAUGCUCAUUGCAGCACCUGACACCAUGUCUGUCACGGUGUACUUCAUGCUAUUUCUCAUUGCAGAGCACCCUAAGGUUGAAGAGGCAGUCAUGAAGGAAAUCAAGACUGUUACUGGUGAAAGAGACAUAGAGAUUGAUGAUGUGCAGAAAUUAAAAGUGCUGGAAAACUUCAUCUAUGAGAGCAUGCGCUACCAGCCUGUGGUGGACUUGGUCAUGCGCAAAGCCUUAGAAGAUGACGUCAUUGAUGGCUAUGCAGUGAAAAAGGGAACUAACAUUAUUCUGAAUAUUGGAAGAAUGCAUAGACUGGAGUUUUUCCCCAAGCCCGAUGAAUUUACUCUUGAAAACUUUGAGAAGAAUGUUCCUUAUAGGUAUUUUCAGCCAUUUGGCUUUGGGCCCCGAAGUUGUGCAGGGAAAUACAUUGCCAUGGUGAUGAUGAAAGUCGUCCUGGUGACACUUCUGAGACGAUUCCAUGUGAAGACACUGCAAGGAAGGUGUGUGGAAAACAUACAGAAAACAAACAACUUGUCCACACACCCAAAUGAGACAGGUGACCUGCCAAAAAUGAUUUUAAUCCCAAGAAAUUCAGAAAAGUGCCUCAAGCACUAAAGAAGCCACCGUCAGCACCUAAUCCGGAGCAUUUCUAAUCAGCAGUUCACAUGGAAGCAUCAUUGUUUAGGCAGUGUCAUCCUCACAGUGAACACACAAGGCCCAAGAUGUUACAUGAGCCUACCAUCUAUGGCACGUCAGCAUGAUGGGAACCAUCAGACUUCUACCCUUCUUCAAACUACAGAACCCAAGUUCAAAAGAAGGGUUUGGGGAAGAUGCAGUCAGUGAAAACACUGCAGCACUAAAGGACCAUUUCCACAAAAUGUGCUUAGGAAAGAACAAGGCAACAAGAAAACUUCUAUGUUCCUGAAGAUCUCCACAGCCCUCACCAAACUGCUAAGAGAGCCAGCCCAUGUCUAAACAUUUCAGGUGAAACAUACUGGCUUGGGUAGAUGAAGGAGCUUCCACUUGUUUAUUAGGCUAGGAUGGCAAUAUUCAUACCCUUUAAAUACACAGAAAUUCAGCAUUUGAAUUUUCCUAGUAGUUAUGUACAGUUUCCUCAUAUGUGUCCACAUAUAAUCUUUCUGUGGUAAAAGUCAAGUCCCUUUUACAAUCUCUCAAUUCAUACUUCCAACACUUGCCACUGAGAUAGUAGGUAUAAAUUCAGGUAACACAAGCGAACUUACUGACAGCCAGAGUAAAACAUGACUAGGACUUUAUAUGCAUUAUGUGCACACAAAACACCAUGUAAGUUCAAAUUCAGUAAGAAUCUUUUCUGGGACUGCACUAUUGUUUAGUUGCAUUAACAUAGCUAAGACAUGGUUUUAGCAAGCGGCAUAAGUCUUAUCAUAGCUUCAGGAAGGCAAAGUCUUCUGAAUCCAUAUCUUCAGCUACAACCGAAUGUAUUCUGAUUUCUGGGAGUACAUCUCUUGUAUUAUCCUUCUCCCUUGACAUCGCCUCCCUCCCUUCUAUAACCUCAAAAGUCUUGUUCAAUAGAUCAGUAGAACCCUGCACAUCAUUUCUUAAACCCUAUCUCUGAUUUUUAGAGACUUAACAAGUAUCUAAUCCAUUCAAUCACUGUGUGUAGCCAUGGAUAAAAUGGACACCUUGCAAUUAGUUCUCUAGAAGGAAUCAAUAAAUGGGUUAAUUUAAAAAAUUA